AUGGACGCAGAUCUCAAGAGGGAUUUGAAGGGUGUUAAAGAGGAUAUAAAGAAAGGGAUUUCGCAGGUGAUUGAGGAUUUGAAAGUUAACGAUUUGGGUGAGAAUGUGAAGACUGAUUUGAAGAGUUUGAAGGGGAAGAUUAGUGGGUUGAAGAAUGACAUGGAGAAAAAUGGUGGCAAAAAUCAUCCGCUUGUCAAAGAGGCCUUAGAAAAGCUUGCAGAGCAGAAGAGAACUCUAGAUGAUUUUGCUGGUGAGAAAGGCAAAAUUAUUACCGAGACUGGACUACUUGAAACUAAGUUUGAGCACAAUAUCCAAAAGCCGCUUAGCGAGAAGGUAGAUAAUGUUGACCAGGCGAUUGGGACGCUUGGCAGGACGUUUGAUAAAAUCCAAGACGGCAAAAGUAUUACAGGUAUUUUCGUGCAUAUUAAAACGCAGGUUGCGGCAAUUAAGGGGAAUAAGGGAAAUGGAGAUUGGCAAAAUACAGGUGGCUCAGGCCUGGAUGGGAUUACCUCCAAGGUGGAAGAUUAUUUCAAUGCGUUCGGCAGGGGGAAAUUUGAAGGUAUAGUCGCCGGAUGGUUGGAUAAUAUGGUAGAGCAUAACGGCGUGGUGCAGCGGAUACUCAUGGCGCUUGGGUGGAAUGAGAAGAGAGGCGAUUUUACGGAGGGAGCGCAGAAUGUGCAGAAUCGUCUCUCGUGGAAUAUUAGGGAGACGCAGAAUCUUAAGAAAGAGAUUCCGAGUGACGGCGCAUCGUUAAGUAGCGUUGGUGGCAACGGCGGCAAUUUCACGAAACGUAUCACGGCUGUCAAAAAAGCCUGCGAGGCGUUUUCCGGUGCGCUGGAUGGGAAGCUGAAGGAGCCGGGAAAUGAAAUAGUCAACGAUGUUAAGGGUGUGUCAGGGUUAUUGAAGACCAGCGGCGUAAGGGACCCAAAAUGCAUCUGCGAUUGCUACAAAUGCGGUUCGUACUACUGCAACAAGGAGGAGUGUGCCAAGAAAGCCGCCUCCGAAUUGAUCCUCUGCGCACUCACCGCCGUGGCCAGACAGGUGGGCAACGAGCUGAAUUCAGUGUUUCUCAACAUAGCCGAUAAGCCCCCAAACGCGGAACCCAGCGACGGAAGCAUCGCAAAAAUCUUGGACACUAUCACGCCUAUUGUAGAUGGGCUCAACAAAGCACUUACCGAUGCGACCAACCCACCUAGCACCCGCGGCUCCUCCGACCAAGACAGCCCCGCCCAAGCCGUGGACAAGAGGUUGCAGGAAGUGAGGGAUGAGGUUAGUGGACUUGAGAGCAAGUUUACUAAAGUCACAGAAGACCUUACUAAGGCAGUUAAAGAACUUCCCGGCGCCGUUGAGCGUUUCGACACUGAAGCUCAAGAGCAGAUCAAGGCUGCGGCUGGAAGGCCUUUAUAUUUCUGA